CAUGGGUGAAGGGCUGCUGGGGGACUCCACGGGCUGUGUCAAGGGGUCAGCACCGUGCCAGACCAAGGACAUGCCAUCCGGCCCCAGGGUGCUCUGUACCCUCGCUGCUCUGAGCCCAUCCAUCAGCCUGCUUCAAAGCACGAACCUGCAUGGAACAAGCCCCCAGCACCUGUUGGGACAGCGAGGAGCCGGUUGUGCCAUCCAUUACACGGCUGUCCCGUCCAUCACACAGUUUCCCCAUCCAUCCAUCACAGGGCUCACACUGGCACUGCCGCACGGAGUUGCCAUGGCACUGCACACCACCGUGGUGACACAGAUGAAACUGGAGCCAGCGGAGCCAUUGUGGGAUGUGCUUUCCCAGGAACAGGCCUAGCUUUGUUCCAGCCUGUGGCACGCUCCUGUCUCUCAGAACCUGGCUGUGCUCUAGCAGUAGGCGCUGGCGUCCAGCACCAGGGGCUGCGGCCCGCUCCGGGCAGCUUUGCAGGCAGCCCAAGCCCCGGCACCAGAGAGCCGUGGCUGGCGGCAGCAGCACAACUGCAGCAGUGGGAAUGCCCUGUCUCUCUGCUCCCUGCUCUCGGCACCCUUUGCACCUGAAGAGCAAACAGCAGGUUGCUGCCUCUCCCCAUGGAUUCAGAAGAGGCUGCUGAUGUGGGAGUGCAGCCCACCACCCCCACACACCCUACUGCCCCCUCUGCCCCCACCAUCACCACCACCCCUGCAGCCCCCGCAGCCCCCACCACCUGCAAGAAGAGCCAGAAGAAAAAGGAGAAGGCCGAGAUCAGGGAAGCUGCUCAGGAGGGAGGGGAUGCAGGGCGGCUGGAUGCCAUCAAGGGCCUCACACGAGCCGGGCACCGGGCGCUGGCUCUGGGUGCUGGGCAGGAGGCAGUGGGGUUCUUCAGGAAAGCCCUGCUCCUCUCCAGGGACACAGGGAGCCCCCAGCUCCACAGAGCUUGUGCCUUCAAUCUGGGGGCUGCCUAUGUGGAGGCUGGGAAGCCCAAAAAGGGACUCGAGUUCCUCCUCCAGUCCCAGCCGUCAGAGAUGGAGAGCAGGGACCACUUGGGGAGCCUUUAUUUCAGUGUCGGGGCAGCUCAUGAAGGGCUCCAGGAUUUUCCAAAGGCUCUGGAGUGUUUCGAGAAGGUCGCUGGCCACGCCAGCACUGCGCAGGCCGGCGGCCGAGCAGGGACCUGCGUGCAGAUGGGCUGCUGCUACCUGGGGAUGCGGGAGCCGGCCCGAGCCGCGCGGUGCUUCUUGGACGCGGCGCAGACCUACGCGGCAGCGGAGAGCCCCGAGGCAGCGGCCGUGGCUCUGAGCAGGGCCAGCAGCUCCAUGCUGCAGAGCCGGCAGUUCCGGGCAGCAGAGAUCACCGGGGUCCUCGCCCGGUGCCGCUCCCUCUGCGAGACCAUCCCCGACCCGGCCCUGCGAGGGAAACUCUACAACGACAUCGGCCUCGGCUACUCUCAGCUCCACAUCUUCUCCCUGGCUGCCGAGAGCUUCGAGCGGGCCCUUGGGCUGUGUGGUGGGGAGUCAGAGCGGGACCGGUGCCAGGAGGCAGCGCUGCUGCAGAACCUGGGCGCUGCCCACAACGCCCUGCGCAGCUUUGGCACGGCGUUGGGCUGGCACCGGCGUGCGGCCGCCCUGCACGGUGCUCUGGGGAACCGGAGGGCUCAGGGACAGUGCUUUGGGAACCUGGCAUACGCCUGGAGCCAGCUCGGGAACCACGGAGCUGCUGCAGAGAGCUACCUGCACGCCCUGCAAGCCUUCCGGGACUCAGGGGACUUGCAUGGGCAGUGGCAAGCGUGCGAGGGGCUGGGUGCAGCGUGCUUCCACCUGGGAGACCCCCAGAAAGCCAUCAGGCACUAUCAGGAGGCCCUGAUUUUGCUUUCCCACUGUGAGGACAGCCCCAGAGCUGCCCACAAACGGGUCGUGCACAAGCUCACGGACGCCAUCCAGCACCGACUCCGCCUCAGCCACCUCUCCUACCAGGGGGGCUGGGCACCCACCCCAGCCCCGGAGCUCAGCCAGCUGCGGUUUUGCUACACACUGCCCCGUGCCAGUAGGACACAGCUCCAGGGGAGCAAGGUGGGGGAAGCCCAGGCUGAGGACGAGCUGUAUAUGUGUACACCAGGAGCACAUCCCAGGAAUUCAGGCACAAGAGUGGCCCUGACUGGUGGUCUCACACUGGAGCCCUGCAACCCACACGGCCUCCUGAGCACUUCUGGGGAGGAUGACGAUGGUCCCAGCUCAUCUCCAGGGUAUCACAGUGAGCCCCAGGCUAACAGAAAGGGGAACACCAGCCCCCUGCGCCUGGCCAAGCUGCCCCAUGCCAGCCUCCAGCCACGUCAGUACCACACACAAGCAGAACAUCGCUCCUCCAGCAGGCCCAGGCCUGAGGGGCUCCCACCACAUUCCACAGGGCAUCAAAACUGCCAAACCCUCCAUCCAAAGUGUCUGGAGAGCCUUGCUGAGGACCCCACUGCCGCAGCCGCUGGCUGCUGCUCCCGCCGGAGACCUCGCACGGGGCCCAGGACGCUGUCCCUGGUCUGCAGCCUCGUGUGAGCAGCAGGACACCGGGCAAACGCCGUUUCCCGGAGGGCCUGUGCAGGCCCAAACCGGAGGAGGGAGGAGGGGUCGUUGAGCCAACAUGGUUUUGACCCUGCUCCGUUUCUGUCAUCCUUUGUGUGUCAGGGUCCUGGGGAGCAAAUGAAGGGGCUGCAGGGAUCCGCGGGCUCACGGCG